AUGUCAAAGGGAGACAGUGUUGUACUUUUGGACUUUUGGGCCAGUCCAUUUUGUGGUAGAGUGAAAAUUGCUUUGGAAGAAAAAAAUGUUAAACAUAUUGAUAAUGAAGAGGAUUUAUUUGGAAAAAAGAGUGAGCUUCUUUUGAUUUCAAAUCCUAUUCACCAAAAGGUGCCUGUUUUCUUGCACAAUGGCAAACCUGUCAUUGAAUCUGCUAUCAUUGUUAACUAUAUUGAUGAAGUUUGGCCUCAAAACUCAUUGCUUCCAGCUAAUGCAUAUGAACGUGCACAAGCUAGAUUUUGGGCUGAUUUCAUUGACAAAAAGGUAUUUGACAAUGGGAGGAACAUUUGGGCUAACAAUGGAGAAGAGAGAGAAGUAGGAACAAGGGACUUCCUUGAAGUUUUAAAGCAUCUUGAAGAAGCUCUUGGAGAGAAAGACUACUUUGGUGGUGAUACCUUUGGCUAUGUUGACAUCAUAGCCAUUCCACAUUCUGCAUGGUUUUUAGCAUAUGAAAAGCUUGGUGGUUUCAAAGUUGAAGAUCAUUCCCCAAAAAUCUCUGCUUGGAUUAAAAGGUCCUUGGAAAGAGAAUCUGUGAAAAAAGUUCUUCCUGACCCCGAAAAGGUUUACCAGUUUGUCCUACAUUUCAGGAAGAUGUCUGGACUUGAAUGA